UUUAUGCAAACGGGCUGGGGCGGUGAUGUCACCCCAAGGGGACUAUCUCCCAGUGGCAGGCCCUUCGAUAAAAUCAGGAACUUGUGCUGGCCCUGCAAUGUCGAGGGAGGGGGCUCACGCAGGGCUCCUGUAGCUCAGGGGGCAGGCCUGAGCCCUGCGUCUGACCCACGACUGUCCAGCCCCCCGACGGGGCACCCGGUCCUGAGGGGAUCCGCACUGAUCCUCACCGAAGCAGGGGAUCUGACCAACUUGGAGCUCAGCUGGAUGUUACAGGCGUGCAAAAUGGAAGGGUUUCCCCUCGUCCCCCCUCCAUCGGAUGAGCUGGUUACUUAUGAUUCUGAACUAUACCAACGACAAACACAAGACUACUACUCCUUUAUUGGCAGUGAUGGAGACAGCCAUGGCGAUCAUUACUGGGACUUCCCCACACACCACGUACACAACGAGUUCGAGAACUUCCCUGAGAACCACUUCACGGAGCUGCAGAGUGUGCAGGCUCCACAGCUGCAGCAGCUCUACCGUCACAUGGAGCUGGAGCAGAUGCAUGUCCUCGAUACCCCCAUGGCACCACCCCACGCCAGCCUCAGCCACCAGGUCUCCUACAUGCCCCGGAUGUGCUUCCCUUACCCGUCCUUGUCCCCAGCCCACCAGCAGAGCUCAGAUGAGGAGGAGGGGGAGAGGCAGAGCCCUCCACUGGAGGUGUCUGAUGGAGAGGCUGAUGGUUUAGAGCCGGGGCCAGGUCUUCUGCAUGGGGAGACAGGCAGCAAGAAGAAGAUUCGCCUAUACCAGUUCCUGCUGGACCUGCUGCGCAGCGGCGACAUGAAGGACAGCAUCUGGUGGGUGGACAAGGACAAGGGCACCUUCCAGUUCUCAUCCAAGCACAAGGAGGCGCUGGCGCACCGCUGGGGCAUCCAGAAGGGCAACCGCAAGAAGAUGACCUACCAGAAGAUGGCGCGCGCGCUGCGCAACUACGGCAAGACCGGCGAGGUGAAGAAAGUCAAGAAGAAGCUCACCUACCAGUUCAGCGGCGAGGUGCUGGGCCGCGGAGGGCUGGCCGACCGGCGCCUCCCGCCCCACUGAUCGCCCGCAGAGCCCGCCAGGCCCCCGGCCCCCGCCGGCCAUAGCAUUAACCCCUCGCCGGGCCCGGACACAGGGAGGACAUUCCCAGGGCCGAGGCAGGACUGGGGGCCCGGCCUCGCCCCCUCAAGCCCGGCUUGUCCCGCCCCGCUUCGCCUCCCACCAGGACUCUAGCCGGCCCCAGGGCCGCCUGGGCCUCGGACCCCACCCGAGGGUCAGCCUGGCUUAGUGGCCACGGUGCUUCCUUGGGAGUCUGGCGUCGGUACAUCUUUGUAUAUUGAAUGCUCUUCUUAAGGCUCUUCCUUCCCCCACCUCCCCCACCUCUUAGCCUCCCCAAAAGAAGUAAACUUAUUCUCAGCUAUUCUCCC